GUUAAAAAAAAAUCUGUGGAAAAGUACAAAAAAGGAAACAAAAAUCACCAGGAAUCUCACUGAGUUGUAAUCACUUAUUACAGUAGAAACAUCUUUUCAGAUCUUCUAUAGGUGUAUUCAUAUAAUUGUGUAUAAAUGUUUUAUUGUACUACUCUGGAACCUUUUUUUCUCUGAAUAGUCAUGGGAACAUCUUUGCACAGGAGAGUAUAUAAAUCUCCAUCACUUUUAAUGGCUACAUGGUACUCUAUUAUAAUUUACUUAAUCAGUCUCCUGCCAGUAGCAUUUAGAUUAUAAUUUUUCACUGUUAAAUACCAUAGUGAACCUCUAUAGGCAUACAUCUUUUUGUACUUUUUUUGCUCAAGAAAUUUAUCCUAAAGACAGAAGAUGUUAUUGUUGAAUCAGAGUGCAUUGUAAAAAUGUUUUUGAUGUCUGUUGCUAAAGGGAAGGUUUAUACAAUUUAGAAGAUACCAACAAUGCAUUCAAGUUUCCUAGCAUCCUUGCUAUUAGUGACUUCUAUUACUCUGAAAUUUUUGCCAAUCUGAUAGAUGGAAAAUAAUCUCUUUUCUUCCUUUUCUGCAUCCCACCGAAGUCCCUGCUGCUAUAAAGGCUUUUAUGGAAAUAAUCUGUGAUUGGAGUCUCCCAUACCUCUCCAGCCCCGGUCUUGCCUCCUCAUCUGCCUCUUUCUCAAGAGUCCAGGCCUCCUUUUCUUUAAAAAACAAAAGUAAAACAUGUAAAUAACACAUCUUAAAUAUUUCUCUAAAAGUUGGCAUUUGACUUUCCUAUUCUAAGAAAGAUCCUUUAAGAGAAGUAAUAUACCUUUCUGCGAGGACAAUAUUGGAUGCACACUAAUAAAAUUUAUUUUCUCCAGUUCUUUUUGUAGCUGCUGCUAGUUAUACUUUUUAUGUUAAUAUUUAGGCUCAUUUCUUAAUUACCUUAUGACCAGCUUUGAGGGCCUUUGCUAAUUACAGUCAAAUCUGUCUUUUGACUUUUUGCUAAGUUCAAUUUUACCAACAUUCUGGUGUAUCUUGUACUAAGUACAUUUAUUCCUACACUGUUUUUACUUAUUCGUCUCAAAUGAAACAACAUUGUAGGUGAAUGCUAGCACUCCAUAUAUAAAUACAACUACGGAAAAGCUUAGAAGUUUUUAACUUCUAAGGUGGAAAUAGACUUUAUGCUAUAUUCUUUCAUUGGUUUAGGUCAAAGAUGAAAAACAAAUCUGAAUCUCCGGGUGAACUGUGUAAUGAUAGCCCCUCUGAGAGGUCUGCAGAGGAAGUCUGAAAAGCAGCUGCAGCACUUGCCGUCUGCGUCCUCGCCUGAUCUAAUUUCCCUGCUUCCCAAGACCUCUACCAGCCUCUGCCCCCGGGAAGCGAGCUUCAGUUUCCUAUUCUGAUUACCAUACGUCAGCAGACCCAGCCUUGCUUCCACAUCCUGUAGUUCUCACUAGGACGCCCAGAACACAGAGUCAUCGUGAUCUGGCAGAGAGAGUUGGUCUCUCAAGCUCCUGGGCCUUCAAACAGCUUAAGCAUUGCGGAAUAUUUUCCUGGAAUCAGUUUUGAAUUAAUUGGAAGUGGCACGUGCAUCAGUUAAAUUCAGAUGUGAGGUGACAAGAACAUCUCUGUAACCCUUAUUUCUCAUUCCAUUGCCGCUCUAAUGGGCUUGGCAUCCCAGGUGGGGGAGGCACUCCAUGUAAAUGUGGAGGAGCAGUUUGGUGACAGAGAGACUGAAUCACAGGGACUGGCUCAGUUUAAAAUGGGAGAUAAUGACCAAUGUACUUUCUUUAUUUUAAGCUGGGGGUAGGGGGACAAUCAGCUUUUUUGGCAUAUUGCCAAGAUACCUCUGUAAAAACCCACCAGUUUCCUUUUAUAAGUAAAAUAGGGCCCCAAGCAUUUUAUGAAGUGGGAAUAUGCAACAAUUACGAGGAAAGAUAAGCUCUGCCAUAAAAGCCUUCUUGUUGCGAGGCCUGACACAAGUCAGGCUUAAUCGCCUCAAGAAUGUUCCCAGCCUUAUUCCACUGGAGGAAAGGUAUCCUUGUUUUCACUUCGGUUUUUUCCUUUGUCCUUAUUUCUUAUACUGACCAUAGAAAAUUGGACUCACAUGAGCAGCUCUCAGAAUAAAGCAUUGUGGAGUGAAGACCGGAUCACGUACCCUUUCCCCUUAAACUUUGUUUUAAAAGGUACCUAUUAUUGGUUAGUCACUUACGAAUAUCUAAAACUCUAUGAAAAAAUAUUAUAUGUAUAUGUUGAUACAUUUAUUUUUUUUUAAUUUUAUUUAUUUAUUUUUUCCCCAAAGCCCCAGUAGAUAGUUGUAUGUCAUAGCUGCACAUCCUUCUAGUUGCUGUAUGGGGGACGUGGCCUCAGCAUGGCUGGAGAAGCGGUGCGUCGGUGCGCACCCGGGAUCCAAACCCGGGCCGCCAGCAGCGGAGCACGAGCACUUAACCGCUAAGCCACGGGGCCGGCCUAUACAUUUAGAUAUAUUAUUCAUUUACCAGUAUAUCAGAAACUAAAGUGUUCUCUCAAAUUGAAUUUUUCUGACUGAAAUAUUUCUAACAGUUUUAAGAAGAAAUCUUCUUUUUUUAUUGUGCUAUAUAUAUCUUUCCACAGUGUAAGUUGUGCUGAACAUAAUUUCACUUUUUCUUGAUGACUCAGAUAUAUCAGUUAUUGUUUGCCUCUGUGCUGUUAGAUGCUGGGCUUUUUAUAGUUCUUUAUUCUUCUGGUAAUUUUUCUCGAUCCUAUUUUGGCUCUUAUUUUUUGCUUCCCACUAUCCCAUUUACGUCUGAAAUGCUGCUGCUGUAUUUUACACACACUUAUGCUUAGGUUCCUUCCUUGGCCCUGGUAUUUUCUCCCUCACAGGCUCCAUCCACAUGCAGAAGACUCCCGGUUCUGUGUCUCCAGCCCAGACCCCUGAGCUCCAUGCUCACAGGCCCACUUGACCAGACACCAGUGCUUAGAUGUCCUGCAGGCAUCACAUGUGUUCCCACCUGAACAGUCAUUUACCCCCCAGCCCCGUCCCCACCCCACAACCUGCUCCCGGGUCACUCACAGUGAAGGGCAGCAUCAUCCACAGAGCUGCCCAGAGAGAAAAGCUGGAUUCUCUUCACAACCACACUCUUUCUCACCCCGUAUCUAAUCAGUCACCAAGUCUUGCUCUCCCCAACCCCUACAGCCACUAUAGUUGGGGGCGCCUUCCUGCCCCAAGAUUAUCACGAUUUAUUAAUCACAACUAAUCUCUGUUCUUCCUGCCUCCCUCCUUGCCUCUACAGUCCUUCCUCCACACUACUGCAAGCGUGCUCUGGCCUCCAUCUUCCCAAACGUGCCCCCGCAUCUCUACCACUCCCUCUGCCUUUCUUCACGUCACCGUGGGGGAAGUGUCCAUGCUGCUACCAGAGGCCCACCCCUGCCAUUGAGCAUUCAGUCCCACCCCUGGACUCUACCCAAGGACUUGGCUCCUGUAAUUAUCCUCAGCCUUUGCUGGUUGUUGGUUUUUCCCUCUGCUGCAGUGUGUACAGACAUGAUCUCGUUUCUUGCACCUCUAAAAGUUCUCUCUUGAUAUUCCUCAUCCUCCUCCAGCUACCAGCGCAUUUGUCUGCUUCCUUCAUAGAAAAGAUUUUGUGAAAGAGAUGCCUGUGGUCACUGUCUCCACUUCCUCCCCUUGCUCUCCUCAGUCCGGCUUCUUCCCCAGCACCCCUAAAGCUGCUGGGGUCAGGGUCACCAGUGCCUCCUUGUUGCCAGAUCCAGGUCUUGCCUUCAUCCUUCUGUUACUUCACCUCUCAGCAAUGUUUGAUCCAACUGAGCAUUCUCCCCCCAUGAAACACUGUUUGUUUUUGGCUUCUAGACCCUUUCUACCUCACUGGCCGUUUUUGCCCAUGUCUUUUGCUGGCUUCUCCCCUGGCAGACCUCUAAACGCCGGAGUGUCCAGUGCUGCAUACUUAGACUCUCCUGUUCUCCAUGUGUCCUCAGUCCCUCAGGGCUCUCAUCUAGGCCCUGGCAUUUUAAAACAAUCUGUACAAUCAGAUGAUGUCCCAAUAGAGAGCUCCAGCCUGACCUUCAGAUUUGCCUCGCAACUGCACGUUGUCCAUCUUCACUUGUGUGUCUCCCAGGCGUGUCAGUGACCCGUGUCCUAGCUAGAGCUUUUGGUUUCCUCACCUCCUCCUGAACUUGCUCCUCCUUAGGCUUUCCCAUUUCAGUAAGUGCCACUCCCAUCCUCCAGUUGUUCAAGCCACAGACCCAGCAGAGAGUCAUUUUAGAUUCUCUCAUUUCCCUUCACUCCCUUCAUCUAAUCCAUGAGUAAGUCCUGCUUGUUAGCUCUGCUGCUGCUGAACAUAGCCCAGCUCCUCUCGUCUCUCUCCACCUUCAUUCAUCUUUUGCUAGUGUAUGGAAACAGUUUCUUGUCUAAUAUUCCAGCCUCUCCUUUACUUCCCCUAGAGAUUUUUCUCCACAGAGCAGCCGGAGAUAUAAGUCAGAUCCUGCCACUCCUUUAUUUAAAACCCCUCAGUGGCUCCCGCUGAAGAAGUCUGGCAAGAUGUAGCCCCACCUACCUCACUGACCUCAUCUUGAAGCAGCAUAGUCACCCCUCCCACCGCCACCCCCACCUCACACUGCAGCGUCCGCUGGCCUUCUUGUUCCUUCAGCACUCCAGGCUUAGUCCUACUUCAGGCCUUUCUUCUAGCUCUGGCCAGGAAACUCCUUCCCCGGUCUUCACAUGGCUGGCUCUGCGUUGGCAUCCAGAGUUUCACCCCAAAUUUAUUUCAGCUCCUCAGAGAAGCUUCCCCAGACCAUCUGCUCUAAAAUAAAGUAGCCUCUUCGCUCCCACCACUCGGUUCCUCUCUGACAUUAUCCUGUUUUCUUUUCUUUGCAGUGCUAUUGCAAAAUGAAAUUAUAGUGACCAUUUUCUUGUUUUAUCUGUGGGCCAAAAGAAUGUGAAUUUUAAGAGAGUAAAGACCUCAUUUACUUUGUUCGCUGUGUCCUCAGCCCCUGGACUAGUGCCCAGCACAGAGGAGGGGUUUAGUCAACAUCUGUUGGAUAACAUCUGAUCACACUGCUGCUACCAUUUCAAUGGCUCCCUCUUCCCUUGAGAAUAAAGUACAAGUUAUGUGAAAUGGUUUGAGCUUCUGUGAUCUGGCCCCUACUUAUUCUUUAACUCACUGGUUGUCAACAGGGGACACUUUUGACUCCCUCCCCCAGAAAAAAGAUAUUUGGCAAUGUCUGGAGACAUUUUUGGUUGUCAUAACUGCGGGGUGCUACUGGCGUCUAGUAGAUAGAGUCCAGGAUGCUGCUAAGCAUCCUACAAUGCAUAGGAAGUCCCCCACAAAGAAUGAUCUGGACCAGAAUGUCAGUAGUGCUGCGGCUGAGAGUCUAGCCAUUUCUCUCAUAAGCCUUUGUCACACUCAGAGUCCUGGCCAUGCGGAAAGGCCCUGUUCUCCUAGCCUCUGAGCCUUGUACUUGCUAAUCCCCCACCCGGAACCCUCCUUCCUCUUCCUACUCUUCCCCGCUGCUGACUCUGUUCUUUGCCUAGACGGGGUCUUGAGGCAAAUUAAUUUUUAACCUUUACAAGAUGGAGUUCAUAUAUUUGGGCAGUUUAGAGUUUAUAAAGGUAACUUAAGUUUCUACCUCACACUGAAAGUAACUUCCAUACACAAACGUAUUUUUCAUGUCAUUUUUUUAAAGGAAUAAAGCUGUUGUUACUGGAGGACUACAGUAUUACUUCUAUCAAUCCAAUCACAGAGAAUAAAUGGGGUGAUUUAAUAAAACAGCACCUAUGCAGUUAGAGCCUAUAGCCAUCAAGUUAAACUUUCUCAAUUCUUAGAUAUGAUUUGGGAUGUUUAAACACAUACUAAUGAAUUACAGUUUUUUUGUUUUUCAUGUUUUGUGCCAGAUUAAAAUACUUUCUUUUUUUUUUUCCAUUUUUAAUGAUUAAUACACGAGGCGGCUCUUUUACAUUGCAUCAGAAAUUAUGUGAUGCCUUUAAAGAACAAAAGUGAGAUUGGGGGAAUUUAUUAGGAGAGCUCGCCAAUUCAUGUUAUAAUAUUUGAAUACCAUAAAUAGGAAGUUGCUCCCGGUGUUGCUUUUGAAUUGACAUUCUACCUUUACUCCACUCGGGAGACAAAGCUUUGUGGCCCUGCUUUUGUCCUUCCCCAGCAUUCCCAGUAUUGCUGACAAAGGACGGUACUUCCAAGUCCUGGGAUUUGUAAAGACCCCCCACAGGAUUACAAAGUUAUAUAGAUUUUAAUAUCUAUGAGCAAUAGAAUCACAGCCCACUCAUUUGUUUUAAAACUACAAUUUGCAUUUUAUGAAUUUUAAAUCACAAAGACGACUUUUAAAUAAUUGUGUUCACAUAAUGCUCCACUUGCAUGCUGGUGAGUUUGUAGCUUAUGAUAUUAAUUAACACUGCUUUUAUUGCAUCUUCUUUUUUUCAAAUCAAGAGGUUCAUGCACUGAUUAUUUUUUAAAAGCUUUCCAAAAAACAAAAGAGUUUAAAUAACUUUAAAGGUUAAAAAUAUUCUCUCUGCCAUCACAUAUUUUACUGUGUUUCUAGCACUGUAGAAUUUCUUUUCUUUUUUCUGUGUUCUAACUUGGUAAAGGCAGAUAUUGGCUUUGAAAUAGUUAAGAAAUCUUUUAGCUUAUCCAUAGCUCUAUCUGAAAUUUAUGCAUCAACCUUGCUCAGAAACCCCACCCAGGCAUCUGCACAUUUUCCUAACCCCUCUAUUCAGAACUCCAGCUCCAGGUGGAUUCUCCAGGCCUGCCUUUCCAUCUCUCUCUCACCUCUAGCCUUACUUACCUCUAUAGUUUUCUAUAGUUCUUUACUCGUUGUUUUCUACCACGGAUAUUUACUGAACCCCUAUUCACGUAGUGAGCUCUGUUAUAAAGGAUAGGGAUAUGCUGGUAAAGAAAGGUGAUCCCUUAGGAGCAACAGAUUCGUAAGUAAUUACAUUUAAUUGUGUGUGAUAAAUCCUGUAAUAGAGAGAGGGACAAAGUACACUGGUGGCAUAGGAUUUCUAAAAAGUCACUUCUGCUGGGGGAUUGUAGAAGGCUUAGGAGAGCCUGGAAUAUUUGAACUGGACUCCUAGAUAGAAAGAGGGCAGGGAGAGGGGGAGCUGGGGGUGAGAGUCCAGGUGGAAGGAAUAGAAUGACUUUGUUGCAAGCAUUCUUGGUCCAGAGACUUGCUGGUCAUCUUCAUUUCCUGCUUCCUCCCUCCUAGGUGGUGUAACCAAAAGUAUUAUGAGAUAAUCCUGCCUAUAUCCAGCUAUAAUAUUAUACUGCAUUUUGAAGAGAUAAUUUGAGUUAAGAUUUCCACUCAAAAGGAAUAAUGAGCCACCUAAGAUAGAAGGCCAUUAGGGAGGUGUCUGGCUAUAUUUGGCUUUUCACAUCUUUGAGUAGACCUAAAUCUACUCUGGAGGUCAUGAACAUCUCUUUAUCUUUCUUAGUUCUUUCCUUCUUACCUCAAGACUUACUAUAAACAAAAAGCUGCUUUGUUGAGGUAUUUUUAUUUUGGAGAGUGUUAUUUUUCUCAAAAUUGAUUUACUUGUGGCCAAGGGGAAAAACUGAAGAGGGAGCUAUCAUAGAGAUUGUAUUUCUGAAGAGGUUCAAACUCUAGAAAGAAAAUUACUGUAGAAAGAAGCCGUCUAGCUAAGAGUCUUUUUGUCCUUGAAUUUCAUCCUCAAGAACACUUAUCUUGGAAAAUGACUUGACUGGUCAAAGGAAUCAUUAUAGAAAGAAGCUGAUAACAGGCAUCAGGUUAAAACAUUUCAAGUUAUGACUAGGAUAAAAGAAACGAUAGCUGGGGCCAGCCUAAUGGUUAAGUUCAGCACACACUGCUUCGGCAGCCUGGGUUCGGUUCCUGGGUGUGGACCUGCACCACUAGUCAGCGGCCAUGCUCUGGCGGUGACCCACAUACAAAAUAGAGGAGGAUUGGCACAGAUGUUAGCUCAGGGCCAAUCCUCCUCGGCAAAAAAAAAAAAAAAAAAAAAGAAAUGAUAGCUAUCAGAAGUUGGUCUUUUAAAAGGAUCCCUCAAAGAUGUUGGCCACUAUUAAACAAAGAUCACUUUAAAAAUUCUAGUUUUGAAUUUGAAAAAUGGUGACCACAAAUCGGACUGCCAGUGUGGAGAGAACUCAUGUAUGUGGUGCUCUUAUCGUUUCGUGUGUCACGGAGCUUGUGACUCUGUACCAUCUACACAGGGUGCCUGGUCCCUGCUGGAGUGCCAGCACAUCACACUAAAAUGGGACUGCCAAACUCCACUAAUUGCCAUAGUUUCCCACCCCUCACCAACUCCUUUGCUGAUUGUUCCUCUCUUCCUGGACUGCAGUUCAGUGGCAGGAAGAAUGAGAAUAGCUUUUCAAGUUUUGAAUAUAAAAUAUUCGUUUUGUCAAGAUUCAAUAUUCUGAAACUGAAGUCUUUUUUUUUUUUUUGCUUACCAUGAGGGGGCUGCAUGUACCAAGAGCCCCACUAGGGGAGAGCAUAUUGCUAUUUUAGAAGGAGAGGAGAGCUUUGAGGAAUCAUUACAUGGUCAGAAUUCUGUUAAUAAUUGGGGAGAAAGUGCCAUUAUUUUUAUUUGGACUUUUGUAGUUUAUUGGGUUUAUUAGGGUAUAAAUUUCAUCAGAUGCAAAGUUUAUGUCUCCUUAAAAACUUGAAAGAAGGACUGGCCUGGUGGUAUAGUGGUUAAUUUCACGUGUUCCGCUUUGGCAGCCUAGGGUUCCACGGUUUGGAUCCUGGGCGAGGACCUACUCACCACUCAUCAGGCCAUGCUGAGGCGCCAUCCCACAUAGAAGAACUAGAAGGACCUACAACUAGAAUAUACAACUAUGUAUUGGGGCUUUGGGGAGAAAAAAGAAAAAGAGAAAGAUUGGCAACAGAUGUAAGCUCAGGGCCAAUGUUCCUCAAAAAAAAAAAGUUAAAAUUACUUAAAAAAUAUUAAAGAAAAAACUUGAAAGAAAGUUCAUAAGACUGACCAGAGAAAUGCAGAGGAAGGUAAGAUAUACUGAUGCCGUGUUGUACGAGCUAGUAUUUUACUGCUUUAACAGUCUGAUUUGUGCAUUGGUCAAAAUUUGUCAUUUUAAGGACAUUUAAGAUAUAGUCACAUGCCACAUAACUACAUUUCAGCUAACACCAGACUACAUAUACCAUGGUGGUCCCAUAAGAUUAGUACCGGUAUAGCCUAGCUGCAUAGUAGGCUGUACCAUUUAGGUUUGUGUAAGUACACUCUAUGAUGUUCACCAAAUGAUGAAAUUGCAUAACAAUGCAUUUCUCAGAAUGCGUCCUCAUUAAGCAACAUGUGACUGUAUCUUCAUUUUAAUAGAAGGCCACCUUUCUACUUGAGAGGUCUUCUUUAAUCAGGACUCUCAAUCACCAGCUUUUGUUUGGCAUGAGAAAGAAGUAACAGCCUCCCCCUGUGAGUUUUUACUGUUAGACUAGCUCACAGUCAGCCCUUCCCCUUGUUGUCAAGCUCCUGUGACUUCCCCACAGUUGUGGGUCAUGUGGGUCACAGAAGCCCCACUUCUCCAGCAGAUGCAAGGAAAUGGUUCAGGAAGCCACUGGGAAACAAAGCACGUGCACCUUACUUUUCCUGUAGGGAUACAGUUCAGAAAAUUUAACCUUAUUUUCAUCCGUACUUAAUGGAAGUAAUUUUACUUGGCAUUAUGUAGUAAAAAUAGAAAAUCAAUAAUCCCAGGGAUCUGGGUUGGCCCAUUAUACGUAUUAAAUAUUGAAGAGACGUCACGUUUGUGAAACCUGAACUCCAGAAUUCGUUUGCUAGAGAAGCCCUUUUACCACCCCAGGCCAGCGACGUCAGAAGUACCUCGUGGAGGCCUUUGUGAGGCCACGCGAGUCGCGAGUCGCCCGCCUUACGCAGCCGCAGUAGCACAGUAGCGGGCUGAGGUACCGUCCAAAGUUCCCGGCUUGCGCAGACUCAGUAGCGGGCUGAGGGGAGGCCACGGCUUUGCGCAGACGCAGUGGCGGGCUGAGGCGAGGCCAACGGUCGCGGGCUCUGUUUCUUCGCGCCUCGGAGCUUGAGGGCCGGUUUCGUCUUUUCCUCUACCUCCUAAGUGAGUGGCCAUGAGCUGGGCUGUGGGAGUCCUGCGGGCCAGCCGGAGAGUGAGCGCUGUGAGAGCGAAUUUCCUGUCCCCGGGGAUGGCGCCGCGUCCCCGCCAGGCGGCGGGCAGCCCCCUCGGGAGGGCCGGGCCCAUCACCCCCGUGUCCAAGAUGGCGACCGUCAGGUCUGAGCUUCUGAAGAACUUCGCCUCGGAGGAGGCCGUUCACCGCAGUAAGGUCUCCAUUGUGGGAACCGGCGCAGUUGGCAUGGCCUGUGCUGUCAGCAUCCUGUUGAAGGGCCUGAGUGAUGAACUUGCCCUAGUGGACCUGGAUGAGGGCAGGCUGAGGGGGGAGACGAUGGAUCUUCUGCACGGCAGUCCUUUCCUGAAGAUGCCGCAUGUUGAGUCCAGCAAAGAUUACCUCGUCACUGCCAACUCCAGCCUCGUGAUUAUCACGGCAGGGGCGCGCCAGGAACCAGGAGAGUCGCGCCUUAAUUUAGUCCAGCGGAACGUGAGCAUCUUUAAGUUGAUAAUCUCCAACGUUAUCCAGUACAGCCCUCGCUGCAAGCUGAUUGUGGUUUCCAAUCCGGUGGAUAUCUUAAGUUACGUAGCCUGGAAGUUGAGUGCAUUUCCCCAAAGCCGUGUUAUUGGAAGUGGUUGUAACCUGGACACUGCCCGUUUCCGUUUCUUGAUUGGGCAGAGGCUCGGGAUCCACCCCGAAAGCUGCCAUGGGUGGAUCCUGGGAGAGCACGGAGACUCCAGUGUCCCUGUGUGGAGUGGAGUGAACAUCGCUGGGGUCUCUCUGAAGGAUCUGAACAGAGAUAUAGGCACUGACAAAGAUCCUGAGCAGUGGGAAAGUGUCCACAAGGACGUGAUUGCCAGCGCCUAUAAGAUCAUUAAAAUGAAAGGUUAUACUUCCUGGGCCAUUGGCCUCUCUGUAGCCGAUUUAUGCGAAAGUGUUUUGAAGGAUCUUAGAAGAGUGCAUCCAGUUUCCACCGUAAUUAAGGGUCUCUAUGGAAUAAAUGAAGAAGUGUUCCUCAGCGUUCCUUGUGUCCUGGGAGAGAGUGGCAUUACAGACCUUAUAAGGGUAAAGCUGACCCCUGAAGAAGAGGCUCGUCUGAAGAAGAGUGCGGAAACGCUGUGGGAGAUUCAGAAGGAGCUCCAGCUUUAAAGUUGUUUAAAACUACCGUUCUGAGGUUAUUGAAGAAGAGAGAGUAGUUAUGGGGUUGUAUAUGUCAAAUUCUGAAUAAGCUUGAGUUUCUAAAGUUGGAAACAGGAAAGCGGGUAGAGCGACUCUCCUGUUGAUUUAGCCCCCCAGCUCUUUUAUUUAGCAUCCAGAUGCUGGAUGAUGCUUAUUAUUUUAUAAUUCCUAGGUGCAUCAAAGAAGGUGUUUUUGUACCACUGAUGUACCAGUACUUGCUUUGUCUAUAUGUGUAGUUGCCGUUUGGCCCAAAAGAAUGUAGGAUGUAGGUGUUUAUUGUGUUAUAGAAAUUCUGAUUCUUUUCAUUAAGUACAUGUUAAUUCUUUUGUUCUGGCUGGCUUAUACCUAUGUUCGCUUAUAUACUAUUUUUAAAAAGUUAUAACUUCCUCCACAAUGUAAAAAUAAAUAUGCACACAGAAGUACUUUCUGUAAUGGAGCCAUUGACUGCCUUCAUUUCUCUGUGACAAGCUAUCAGCUGGGCCUUUUAAAAAGCAUUAUAAAGGGAGCUGCAAGUCGGGUGUGUGUGCACACACACACUCAUGUACACAUGCUAGUGAAGCAGGAUCAUUAGGUUCAAAUAUGAAAAUAAUAGUGUUCUGGUUGGUAGCUGUUAUAAAGUGUUUCAUGCAGUAAAAUACAAGCUUUUAGAAAGAGGCCUGACAGUCAGAGGUGGUACAGUUACUGUCAUUUAUUUGGCAGAGAAAGGAAACAUCCCUAAAUUUUGCAGUUACCAAAAAUAAAGCCUGAGUGAAAUCGUUUUAGAAUUGCCUCUGAGAACCUGACCUGUUAGCACAUUAAGUCAAGAAUCAUGUAAUGAAUUGUUCUUAUUGGGCUGGGUCUUAGCAGCAGAGUGGACCCUGGCCCUAACACGCUCCAGGGUCAUCCCUGUUACUCAGUUUACUUUACAUCAGCAGAAAGCUUUUAGUUUUGAAUGGUGCCCUGUUGUUAAUCACUGUCAUAAAAAUUGGCCAUUUUAAUGAGUACUUCAGCGAUUGUAUAUCUCAGAAAGUUACACAGUCACUUUUUAUUCCUAAAUCAAUUGACUUUACUACAGAUUCUAGACUUUAUUCAUGUGAUACAGUGGGGGUUUAGGAGAAAGUGAAGAUGCUUCUCUGAGUUUUACCUAAAUGAUAGUCUUAAUAACUUAGAAAAUGAGAAGCUGAGAUUUUUUUACUCAUGUUAGCCUUCCUAAUGCAGUUGAAUAUUAAAUAAAUAAUAUGGUAUAUUCAAACAUAUCUGAGGAUUCAUGGGAAUAUCAAUGGGCCUAAUCAAAAUUGAAAGGUACCAGCAUCUGCUCUCUAAAUUAAGCCAGUCCUGCUUAGUUGAAUUUUAUGAAGGAGACAUAGGACAGUAAUCCAGCCAAAAAAAUGACCCUUUACCAUGCUGACCAGAGCUCCCAUACUGUUUUCAUUGAAACCAUCUAGAAAUUGUUCUGAUUACUCAGGAAGCAGUGUCAUGUAAUGGGACUAAUUGAUGUGCUGAGCUCCCUGAAAGUGGGAAGAGCAGUGGUUCAGUUGUUCCAGGUGGUUCUAAGAGCUUUUUAAGCUUAACUCACCAAGUUCCUCUUCCCUUUUGUCCAACCCUUGAGUUUUUAUUCAGCCAUGUUUCGGCCAAGUUCAAUGUAAUAUUGAAGGGGAUCAGAACAUGUCUUAUGUCUAUUUUGUAAUUCUCUUUACCAUCAAUGUCAGUCAGGAUAGGCUGGGUUGUACUACAGUGAAAAAUAAUCUCCAAGUGUGUGGCUUAAAAUAACAAAGGUUUGUUUCUGUCAUAAAUGCACUAUGGGUUUACAUGACUCUGGAGGGAAGCUGUCCUCCACAAGCUGGCUCCAUAGCCCAGGUUGGUUUGAUCUUGAGGCACCACCAUAGCAACAUAGGUUUCCCUGAUUGCUAUGGGAAGGGAAGAGAGGCCUGGAGAGUCAAAUACCUGCAAUUAAAUGCUUCACUCUGGAAGUGACGCACAUUUCUUUUGCACACAUUUCAUUAGCCGCAACUGGUUACAUGGUUACCUAACUUCGAGAGAGUGAAGAAGUAUAACCCCCUUGUAUCCAGAAGUAGAUGAGUACUGGCCAUUGGUGGACAUGGGUGAUAAUCCACCAUACCAUUCUAAAUAAAAUGGUCACCAUUGCAAGAGGUAUAUAUUUUAUGGUUUUAAAAUCAUUUUUAGUGAAAGCUGGUACAUGAGUAGAGGUUAUAGAAGUACUGUUUUUCCAAGUCACAAAACCAGAGUGGCCAUAUAUGGGGACAGAGCCCUGGACAUCAGUCAGACAAUUGUACUUAUAAACCAUGUUACCAUAGAUGGUAACCUCUCUGACCUCAGGUUUCUCAUACGGAAAGUGGUAGUCCUCAUUUAUGCCACCUAGAAUUGUGAAGACUAAAUAAUAGCCUAAUGCUUGGUACAGUGCCUGGCACAUAGGUGAUCUCAAAUGGCAUUAUUAUUCCUGUUCAGGUAACAUUUAUAGUCUUACUCUGUUUUAUUUUAUGAAGAACUCGCAUUUUUAGGUUCUUCAAAAUUACUGCUGGCACUGUAAUUAUUGACAUAUCCUAAGGCUUUCUCAUUAGUUGGUCCUGAAAGCUUUCAUCAUUCUAAGCCAGCACCAAGGCUGGCAGCAGACCUGCACCUGCAACUGAGGAAAUUGAAGCUAAAUGAGCUAGUCAAUGGCAAAGACAUUUUAAAACUUGGAGCUUUUAAUUCCAGUAACUGCCUAUUUAUUAGAAUAGAUGCUGUAAGGCUUUUCUCAAAUUAAUUAAAUUGGGGACAUAUUCUGAGCUUUUAAGUAAUUUUUCAGCAUAAUAUACAUUAGACCAAAAGUUUUCAUGUUGUUUUUUCGCUGCCACGACAUGCAUGGUAAAUGUGCAGCAAUAUCCCCUUUCACUCCUGGCGUACUGGCUACACGGCCCUUCAAAGAGCUGUUGUGGUAUGAAUGAGAGUAACAUUAGAAACAUAAUCUUGAAUCUGUCCUAAUAUCUAAAAAGUCAAUCGUAGCCAAUCUUCAGAAUGUCCAUAUUGGUGACAAAUUAUUUGUAAUACAUUUCCCAAUUGUCAUGAUACUCUGUUUGAGAACUGCUGCCUUAGACAGUGGUACUUUUCUGAUAAUAUUACAGCCCAGCACUGUUGGGCACAAACAUUCAAGGUUCUUGGAUGGGAGGCUAAGGAUGAGGUUCUUGGAGCAGUGGGCUCGUUGCCUAGGGUGUGCCAUUAGCGUCAUAGUCUUCAUGGAGAGCAGCCCCGAGAGCUGUGCAGUACGCAGUGGCCCUGCUUUGAAGGGGAGCCCUGUGAUCCAUAGCCAUGGAAAAAUUCCCCCUGGUCAGAGGAAAGAGGGAAGAGGAGGACUGCAGGGAAGAGAUCCCAGCAUUUGGGAAAUCCUUCAGAGUAAACCUGAGUUGCUAGGUGGAGACUCUAGUUCCCAGCAUUCCCCAUCUUCACCAAACUUUUGGGGUAUAAGGUAGGGAGAUGGCUCCAUGGCAAUAGCUGUGAUUGUAUUGUGGAAUUCAGUACAUUUAUUUUAUAACGAAAUUCGCUUAAAUGUACUCAACCCCUGAAUCUUUUUUCAAGCACAUUUUUAAGUAGGGGAAUGUUCUGUUGGCCUGUGAUAGAGUAUCACUAAGACCAACACGUUCUCUGAACUGCAUAUCAGAAAUUGAUACAGGUGAGAAAACUGAAGGUUUCAUUUCCUAUCCCUAUACCGGUGGUGUAGCAGUGGGUUUGUGUGUCCUGCUUCGGUGGCCUAGUGUUUGCUGGUUUGGAUCCCGGGCGCGGACCUGCUCACUGCUCAUCAAGCCAUGCGGAGGCAGCAUCCCACAUAGAAGAGCCACAACUCUACAACUAUGAUACACAACUAUGUACUGGGGCUUUGGGGAGAAAAAAAAAAAAAAAAGGAAGAUUAGCAACAGAUGUUAGCACAGGGCCAAUUUUCCUUAAAAAUAACCUUCU